UCAAAUUUCAAAAUGGCAACGGUCAUCUAUUCCAAAAUAACUCAGAUUCAUCCUCAAAACGAAAUCAACGGCAUCCCAAAAGCAAGUAACCAAUACUUUCCCUUUUUACUCUCCCUCUGUAGAGAUUCAAAAGCAUUUGAGUUUCUUUCUUUCUCUCUCUUGUAAUUUUCUGUCUUUCUUUUUUCAAAAACCCAACUCAACUCUUUUUAUCGCUCUCAUUCAAAAAACAGUCAUAAAUACAUUUUUAAGUUUUAACAACAAUGGAGGAGGAUGGUAAUCAAUGGCAUGACCCACUUCUUCUUACCGACGUUUCUUGGCAAAACCAAAGCUCCAGUUCUCACUCUCACUCUCACUCUCACUCACCCUCUCACUCUCACUACAAUUCGCCUCCUUUGCCCAGCUAUCAUAUGCAAACUUCUACUAUGGCUGAUCAAGAUCCAUAUGAGGGUCGGUCCAUGUUGGGAUUUUCCCUCACAUCUCCGGAUUUGGUUAUUUGUGCCGGCUCACCGGAUAUUCCAGGAAACAGCUAUGGAGAUUCUCCUCAGUUUUUGGAGAAUAAAUGCCAUCAGAACAUAGGGAAUUCUAUAGAGCUAUCUUUAGAGAACGGCAUCAAUGGGUCUGAAAUUGUAGAUAUCCCCAAGGCCCCAGCUGUAAAGUUCUCUACAACAUUGUGCCAAACAUUUAAAGAAGAAUUAUCACCUGGGGCCUCCUUUGAGCUUCAUCCACAGCCAUUAAUGGAGGACGGCUCGACAAAAGAUCCACUUCCAGUAUUAAGCAUUAAUGUGGGGUCUAAAGAUAAGGCUGUGACUUUAGGUGAUGUGAACUUUUUGGAGGACAAUGAUUUCGAGAGUGGUGAUAUAGUAAGGACAGACUGUAUAGGUCUGCCGCUGUACCAGUCUGCACGCUCUGGGAACCUUUCAUACCAUUUUCAAUCAUUGGAGUCUGGCAAUUAUGUUGUUGAUCUCCACUUUGCAGAGAUUGUGUUCAUAAACGGCCCUCCCGGGAUGAGACUGUUUGAUGUCUAUGUACAAGAGAAGAAGGUUGUUUCCUGCCUGGAUAUAUAUGCUCGUGUAGGUGGGAAUGAACCUCUAGUUGUCUCUGGCCUUCAUACUUUUGUUGAUGAUGAAGAGGGUCUGUCCAUUAGAUUGGAAGGAGUGAUUGGGCGCCCAAUUCUCUGCGGCAUUUCCAUAAAGAAAGAUUUUCCUGCAAAUUCCAGAGAAGUUGAAUUGCCCAAAGUCAUGGCAGAGUCUCAAGUGGCAGAAAGUGAGCCACCCAAAGAGAAUGGUAACUUCGAUGUGAAAGGAGAUUAUCAGAAAGUCCAACAAGAUUUUGAGUGUCAAAAAGAGGAACUAGCAGAGACAAGAAGAAUGUUGGAGGAACUUAAGAGGGAGAACCAAGCUAAGACGAGGGAAUGCCAAGAAGCCUGGAAGUCUUUAAAGGAGCUCCAGAAUGAGCUCAUGCGCAAGUCAAUGCACGUUGGAUCUUUGGCUUUUGCCAUUGAGGGGCAAGUGAAAGAGAAGAGCAAAUGGUUUUCAUCAUUGAGAGACUUGACAAGAAAACUUAAGCUCUUGAAAAUGGAACACUUCACACUGGUGGAGGAGGCAAGAGAAUAUAAGAAGUGUCUUGAAGAUAUGGAUAAAAUGAGGGCUACCAUUCACUCAGCAAUUAACCAGCGAGUAGAUUUACAUGAAGACCUUAAGAUUAAAUUUAUGGAAGGGGCCAAGGAACGAAAAGAACUUUACAACAAGGUUUUGGAGUUGAAAGGAAACAUAAGGGUCUUUUGCCGGUGUAGGCCUCUAAACACUGAAGAAAUUUCAGUAGGAGCUUCAAUGGCUAUUGAUUUUGAAUCUGCUAAAGAUGGUGAACUCACUGUAAGAUCAAAUGGGGCCUCUAGAAGGACCUUUAAGUUCGAUUCUGUAUUUGGCCCUCAAGCAACCCAAGCUGAUAUUUUCCAAGACACAGCUCCAUUUGCGACCUCAGUUCUAGAUGGGUACAAUGUCUGCAUAUUUGCUUAUGGGCAGACUGGAACAGGAAAAACUUUUACUAUGGAGGGUACAGAAGAUGCUCGGGGAGUAAAUUUUAGGACUCUCGAGGAACUGUUUCGAAUAAUUAGUGAGCGACAGAAGCUAUGUCGAUAUGAUGUAUCUGUAAGCGUCUUAGAAGUCUAUAAUGAGCAAAUACGAGAUUUGUUGGUCUCAGGAGCUCAGCCUGGAGUUGCUGCAAAAAGGCUUGAGGUAAGGCAAGUGGGUGAAGGAACACAUCAUGUUCCAGGACUGGUUGAGGCACAUGUUAACAACAUGACUGAGGUCUGGGAAGUUCUACAGACUGGCAGUAAUGCAAGGGCUGUUGGCUCAACCAAUGCCAAUGAGCACAGCAGCCGAUCCCACUGCAUACAUUGUGUGAUGGUGAAGGGUGAGAAUUUAUUGAAUGGGGAAUGCACAAGAAGCAAAUUAUGGUUGGUGGACCUGGCGGGAAGCGAGCGAGUGACCAAGACAGAAGUGCAAGGUGAACGACUCAAGGAAACCCAAAAUAUUAAUAGAUCUCUUUCUGCACUUGGUGAUGUUAUAUCCGCUCUUGCAACAAAAAGUCCUCACAUCCCUUUCAGGAACUCCAAGCUCACACACUUACUUCAAGAUUCUUUAGGUGGAGAUUCCAAGACCCUAAUGUUUGUACAAAUCAGUCCUAACGAAAAUGAUUUGAGUGAGACCCUCUGCUCACUGAACUUUGCAAGUAGAGUGAGAGGAAUAGAAUUAGGUCCAGCAAAGAGGCAGAUGGACACCAGUGAACUUCUGAAAUACAAACAGAUGGCGGAGAGAACCAAGCAAGAUGUAAAGAGUAAAGAUGUUCACAUCAAGAAGUUGGAGGAAACAAUUCAUGGAAUGGAUUUGAAGAUAAAGGAAAGAGAUCUUAAAACCAAGAACCUGCAAGACAAGGUUAAAGAAUUGGAAUCACAACUGCUAAUCGAGAGAAAGCUGGCUCGUCAACAUGUGGAUACAAAGAUAGCUGAGCAGCAACAAAUGAAACAUCAGCAAGAAGAGCAGAAUGUUGCACCAAUGAGGCUUCCACUUGUAACUCGACCAUUAGGAAGUCACAAGAAUCUAAAUGAACCACUGAGCAGUACAUUGAUCAAAGACCAAGUAAAUCUCACCCGACCGCUUUCAGAGAACAACAGCUUCAAACCACUGAUUCCCAUUCAACCAAGUGAUGGCUUUGUCAAAUACAUUGAUCCAACAGAGAAGGAAAAUAAUCCUGAGACAGCCGAACAACCCCUGAUACCAAAAAGAACUGGAAGAGCCUCUAUGUGCCCGAUGGCUCGACGUAUACCAGCAGCUCCUGCUCCAAGGCGCAACUCUUUAAUCCCAUUCCCAAGUGUACCAAGCUUAGCCCCACUCCCACCACCAUUGCUACUGUCCCCACCACAUGAAGCCGAAAAGAAUGAAGAUACAGACGGGUCUGAAGCUAACUGCUUGCAUGAACAGACACCUUGUGAAAGUCCUAAAAGAAUAAAAGUUGGAAGUAAUAAGAAGCUAAGCAGCGUAUUGAGACGAAGCCUCCAAAGGAAAUAUCAGUUGAAGUCACCAAUGCAACACAUUAGAAGAGGUGGUGUAAAUGUUGGGAUGGAGAAAGUUAGAGUCUCUAUAGGAAGUAGAGGGAGACUGGGAAAUAGAGUGCUACUUGGCAAUACUACAAGAGCAAUACCAAAAGAGUCUCAGCACAAGCAAAUUCAAAAGGAAAAGGAGAGGGGUUGGAAUGUUGGUGGAACUAUAGGGAGAACAGUUAUUUAAAAGUGCAUGAUGUUUUUAUUACAAACUGACAAUUAGAGGUUGUUUUCUUGAAGCCUGCAUCAAGAAAAAUAGAGAGUUGUGUGGAUUGUUUGGGAUGAUUCUAAUCAUCCAUUUGAAUCCUUGUAGUACUAGUUAACCUUAAAUGGAUUUAUUGUUGUACAUAUUUUAAGCUUGGCAUUGGUCUGUGACACUAUAAAUUUGUUGUUCACAACAAAAAGAAAAAAAAGAGUUACUGAAUUUGCUUUA